AUGAAAUACUAAGAGAUUUAAAGAGAAAUCUAUACAAAUGAUGAGUUAUGUUUAUUCCUCAAGUUUCAUUUAAGAAUUUCUAGCGCAGCUUGCUUAACAUUAUCAAUAAUUUAACUAUACCUAUCAAGUUAAUACAACCUUUAAUUUCAUCCAUUUUUUGAUAUGUUGCAUUUGAUGACAGAAAUGAUAUCUAUCUUAUUUGCAAUUUUAGGAUUGGUUUAUUCAUUUUCAUAUAUAACGAAGUUGUAAUAAUUAAAUUGUUAGUAUUAUGAAAAUUAAAAUGAUAAAAUAUCAAGAUUAUUAUUUAUUGUUAUUUGCUUUAUAUUGGCUAUAGUUAUAACUUUAGGAGUUAUGAAUCCAAUAUUUUUUGCUUUAGGAAUGCAAUCUAAAGUUGCUUAAAUUGAUUAUUCAUCUUAUGAAGAUUUAUUGUUAUUAAAUCAAUCAAUUAAAUCAUCAAGGAAUCUAAUUAUUGAAAUAAUUGUAUCAGCUGCUUAAACAAUAAGUCUAAUAUUUAUGGGAUAUGUUUUCUUAUUAUUUAGUAAGAAUACUAUCACAUAUAAUUAUUUUAUUUAUUUUUUUGCUUUGAUAGCAAAUCUAAUAGCUAUUGUGAUUUAUUCAUAUCAAUAAGAUAUAAAAUUGUUAAGUAUUAUAAAUAGUGUACCAAAAUCUAAUGAUGAAUACUUAGUAACAUUUAUUUCUGAAGCUUGUUUAUUCAUUGCUUUAGUCAUAUUUUCAAUAUUUUUAAUGGAUACUUUAAGUCAGUAUUACAGAUAAUUCAAAAAUCCUAUCUACAAAUUUAUUUUAGGGUAUUAUUAAAUAUUUAUUUAGAAAUAUAAUUAUUGGUUUAGUUUUUGCUUUGAUUGGUAGUAAUGGAUAAUUAAUCAGAAAUCUAUAAUAAUAUUAAGAAAUCUAUAUGGAUAAAGAUCUAUGUAGAAAUUAAAUGAAUUUAGUACCAUCCUAACUUUUGAAAGAUUUAGGAUGUUCAAGUAAAUAUUUUGGAACUGAAAAUUCUUUAACUUUAGAUUGCCCUAAUGAAUAAUAAACUCAUAUUUGGGAAUAAAAUAAAACUGAUUAAUUUGGUUGUAUUAAUUGGAAUUGUUGUAGCCUGAUUAGUUAGAUAUUAUUAAGAAAAUAUAUCACCUAUUGCUUAUUAACAAAUUGGGAGGCAAUACUCUUAAUUAUGUUAUCAUUUAUGAUCUUUUAAAUUAGAUUAGUACAAGAAAAUGGUAAAUCUAUAUUAUUUAUUUGACAGCUAUUUCCUAAACACUAAAAUAAAUUGCUCUUUUAUUUUCUUUCUCUCUAAUAUUCGCAGGAAUAUUUGCAGCUAAUUCUUUACCAGAUAUUGAAAUAUACAGAAAAACCUAUGUUUCACCAUAAAAUUACAUCCCAAUAAAUAAUUUGAAUACAUUACCUACACAUUAAUUAUUUUAAACUAUUGAUUGGCUUCCUUAAUAAUGCUCUCAGAAAGUACCAAUAGAUAUUCUUUAAAAUUUAUAAGAUUAUUGUUCUAAUAACUGUAAAUUAAUUGAGCUAUUUCUCACAAUUGAAAAUGGAUAAUUUUUAGUGAAUGCAAUAAAUUAACAAAAUUUAAUUAUUUCUCAAGAAAAUUAAGAAGGCUAAGAAUUUUUAUAUUUUAAAGGUUAUUUCAAUGAAAUUUUAAAAAUCAUUUAAGAUAAAAUUUCAGUUUGUAUCUUUUCACCAUCUACUACAAUAAAAUUGAAUUUUUAAUAAUCAAGAGAUAAAAAAAGAUAUAGAAAACAUAAUAAAUAAUCUGACUCCUUGUUAAUACAUAAAUAAAUAACAUAAAAACCAUCAUAAAUUUAAGAACAAACACUAAGUUAAUUAGUUAAAUAUUAUAAUAUUUAAUUAAUCUUCUAUGAAAGUAAUUAUUUACCAUUAGGAACAUAAAUAACAAUAUAUAAUUCUUUGUUAUAUAAUUGUUAAAGUAUAAAUAUUAAUGCUGGUAAAACUAUGAUCAUUGACUAGUCUAAUUAGAAAACAAAUAAUUUAACUUUCUACAAUUAUCCUUAAGGUUAAUAUGCUACGGUUGUAUUAAACACUGAAAGUUCUCAAAGUUGUAUUUACAUUUUGAGUAAUCAAAACAUAUAUAUUCAUCCAAUCAUUCCUAUAAAGUCAGAUUUGACGAUAACAUUAUCUUGGUUUGGAAUAUAUGAUUUAGAUUUAUUAGUUGAAAAUAAAAUUUGUAAAGUAGGCAAAAAAUUUCAGAAUGAUUGUGGAACUAUAAAAGCUCACUUUGAUUCAAUUAUUGGUAAUUAACAAACUUCCAAAGAAUUAUCGAAUGGUGAAUAAAUUUCUAUAGAUUAUUUAUCUACAUAUGAUUAUAAGAUAUAUGUUUAGAUAACAUUAAAUAAGGAAUAAAUUAUUAAACUAAAAAAAACAUAGUAAGAUAGUAUUACCCUAUUUUAACAGUCAAAUGCUUAAGUGCAAAUCUUUUCUCAAAAUAGUAGGUUACCUUAAGCAAAUGUCUUUAUUAAAUAAAUAGUUUAAGCUGAUUAAAUUAUCAAUGAAAAUGAUAAAUUUAUAUAUAAGUGGUUUGUUGGAUGUAUAAAUAAUGGAGAACGAUUAGAAAUUAUUAAUCAAAUCAAAAUUAAUUAUGAGUGUUGA